GAGAGAGACUCACAGAGAGCGGGGUGAAGGUAGCCAGCAUUUCCACCAGCAACAGGAGAAGUCCUUAACCCUGGUCCGUGGUGGAGAUGGGCAGAAUCCACAAGAGCUGGGCUGUUAUGCUGCUUGCCUUGGUUGUGUUGGCGCUGCAGGUGGCCGCGGGGAGUGGCGUGUCCCACGAGGGCAUUAAGCAGGCCAUGCUGCGCAGGCUGGGGCUGAGCGAGGUGCCACAGAUGGAGAAGAGGGACGUGGGGAAGGUGGUGGUGCCCCGGCACCUGCGCAACAAGUACAUGUCCAUGCUGCGGCUGCACAAGGAGAAGGAGAGGAGGCGCAGGGCGCUGCCCAGCCUGGCCGGCAUACUGCGGGGAAUUCCUGGCAAUGCAGACACGACGGGAGACGUGGUGUACGCGGACCCCACCAGGCAGAGGCUGGUGUUCGACAUGAAGGGCCUGAUCCCCGACAACAGCGAGGUGACCAUGGCCGAGCUCAAGCUCUUCAAGAAAGGCGUGCGGUCGGCAGAGCUGCCCCCACGGAGACACGGACGGCCAGUCACCAACGCCAGGGUCAGUGUGUACUGGGUCAGCACCCUGGCUGAUGGCAGCAACACCUCCUCACUCAUAGACUCCAGGUUGGUUCCCAUCCUGGAGUCUGGGUGGAAGAGCCUGGACGUCACGCAGGCAGUGCACUACUGGAUGAAGGGCGCGGGGCUGCCCAUGUACCUGGAGGUGUGGGUGGAGGCGGAGCGAGUGGGCAGCUAUGCCGCACAGCUGGCCAAACUGGUGCACUUCGCCACCCAGAGUGUCGCCGACCAAACACUGGGCAAACCAGAGCUGGUGCUCUACACCCUCAGCCAGGAGGAAUACGGAUCGUCGGGGGACUGUGACGGGGGCCGGUCGCGCAGGAGCGGGGCCUGCUGCCGGCAGGAGUACUUCAUCAACUUCCGGGAGCUGGCCUGGACCCAGUACUGGAUCAUCGAGCCUCCGGGCUACCAGGCCUACCGCUGCGUGGGGGGGUGCAGGCAGCCCCCACUGCCCUUCGUCUACGGAGAGAGGAGGUGCGCGGCGACAGAGAGCGCCUCACUGCCCGUCAUGUACCUGGUGAAGAGGGGAGACUACACCGAGAUCGAGGUGGCCGAGUUCCCCAACAUGGUCACAGAGAGAUGUGCCUGCAGUGUGGACAACCUCUCCCUCAUCUAGGCCCACCU